AUGCUUAUUUAUUAUCCGAAAAUAAUUUUCCAUCACCUUUUUCAUUCAGCAAAAUUUUCCAAAAUAAAAUUAUUUGUCUCCUAUUUCCUUAAAAGUCAAGUCACUUGAAAUGGAAGGCUUAUAAAAAUUAAAUAUGGAGCUAAGACCACCAAAAGUCUAAAACCCUUUCGAUUUGAUUUUUUCAUUAGACCCAUGCCAGUGUUAAUUGAUUGAAAAUACAUGUAA